GCAGGAACUCAGAGGACGCGCAGAAGACCUGAAGGAGAGGAUAGCCCAGUCUGCUGGAGCGUCUUUGACGUACCCGGCAAAGAAGUAGAGAUAAAACAGCUUGAGGCCCGGGCCGGUCGACCAGAGUUUUGGGACGACCCCCAGGCCACCCAGCCGCAUAUGAUUCGCCUGGCGGAGAUCAAGGACGUGGUGGAGGUGUGGAGAGACUUCGAAAGCCGCGCUUCGUCGGCCUGCGACCUGAUAGCGCUGGCCCUGGAGGAGGACGAUACGAGCCUGGAGGAGUCCCUGUUCGCGGAUCUGGAGGCCAUUUCCGAGGAGCUGAAGGACAGGGAGUUCCAGCUCACACUCUCCGGCGAGUACGACACCCGCAACGCCAUCCUGGCCAUCCACGCAGGCGCAGGCGGGACCGAGUCCCAGGACUGGGCGCAGAUGCUCAUGCGGAUGUACCUGCGGUGGACGGAGCGCCGUCGCUACAAGAGCGAAAUCCUGGACAUGUCGCCGGGAGACGAGGCGGGGGUCAAGAGCGCGGUCAUCAGCGUGGAGGGCAAGCACGCCUACGGCUACCUGAAGGCCGAGGGUGGGACACACCGGCUGGUGCGCCUGUCGCCCUUCGACUCCGCGCACAUGAGGCACACGUCCUUCGCUCUUGUGGAGGUGCUGCCGGAGGCGGAGGAGAGGGUGGAUGUCACCAUCAACCCGGAUGACCUGCGCAUCGACGUUUACCGGGCCAGCGGCCACGGCGGGCAGGCGGUGCAGAAGAACUCCACGGCCGUGCGUAUAACCCACCUGCCGUCGGGCGUUGUGGUGACCUGCCAGAACGAGCGCUCCCAGUUCCAGAACAAGGAGUUCGCCAUGAAGGUGCUGCGCGCCCGGCUGAUGGAGCUGGAGAUGAAGCGGCGGGCGGAGGAGCAGGCCAGGCUGAAGGGCGAGCACGUCUCGGCGGAGUGGGGAAGCCAGAUUAGGAGCUACGUCCUGCACCCGUACAAGAUGGUGAAGGACCACCGCACCAGCUACGAGACGUCGGACCCAGCGCAGUCCUGGACGGCGACCUGGACCCACUGA